UUCUUCUUUCCUUUUAUCCCAUUUUAUUCCGUCUUCUAUCUUCUGCACUUCACUUUCCGCAUAUUAUAUCCCAGACAUAUACCAAAUUACUCACACUUUUCAGCAGCACAACCAUCAUCAUGAGCAAAGAUGACGAAUACGAUUACCUCUUCAAAGUUGUCUUGAUUGGUGAUUCUGGAGUCGGAAAGUCUAACCUGGUCUCGCGUUUCACAAGGAACGAGUUCAACCUGGAAUCAAAGUCAACCAUUGGAGUUGAGUUCACAACAAGAAGUAUCCAAGUUGACUCAAAGACGAUCAAGGCACAGAUUUGGGAUACUGCUGGGCAGGAGCGUUACCGAGCUAUCACAUCUGCAUACUACCGCGGUGCAGUUGGUGCCUUGUUAGUGUAUGAUAUUGCCAAGCAUACUACAUACGAGAAUGUGGGUCGUUGGCUAAAGGAACUGCGCGAUCAUGCCGAUACUAACAUUGUAAUCAUGCUAGUGGGUAACAAGAGUGAUUUGAGACACUUGCGCGCAGUCCCUACGGAUGAAGCAAAGCAAUUUGCAGCUGAUAAUGGCCUCUCGUUCAUUGAAACCUCGGCCUUGGAUGCUAGUAACGUUGAGUUGUCCUUCCAGCGGAUUUUGACAGAAAUUUACCGCAUUGUUUCCAACAAGGCACUGGAGAACUCUGGGGAUGUGAUCAGGCCUACUGGAGGCGAGACUAUCAAUGUUACACCUCAUUCAGGAGAUGGUGCUGCCGCCGGAGGAUGCUGUUAGAGCUAAUGAAGUAUAUAGAAACAGA